AAAGAGGAAAUGUAAAUGAAGUAGAGGUAAUGGUUAGAAUUGGAAAUUUUGAUUUGGGUUUUUUGGUAGUAGUUGAUAUUUAUAAAAUAAGGCCUGAGGCAAUUGAAGUAGCUGGUUCGUCAAAGG